AAGGCCCUAUUCCUACGCCUGUAUGAUGCCCGGGACCCUCUGAUACAGAUAAGUACUAUUAUAUAACCCAAUACUAGUACAAUACUAGUAUUAGAUAAACCUUGUUAUAGUUCACACAUGUUGUUAGUUUGACAGCAUGAAACAAGGUGGAGGACACAACACCCAGCUGGAGAAACUAAAGAAGUCAGUUACGACUGCCCUUGAAGCUGAGAAGUUGUGUGAGCUCAGUCUGUGCGAACGGUUCAUCGUUAGCUACCCCACAGCUGAGUGCCAUACUGGUCAUGACGUAACUACAGAAACAGGAAAACUUGCCGGGGAGCUGAGCCAAAGGCAAGAACUAUGUUACUUUAUACCUGUGCAUGGCCAUGAUCCCAUGUACAAACAGCCCCAGAGAGUACCCAUGCGUGCUGGCAGCUUACUCAUCUGGGACCAGCGUGUGGCGCACGGCAGUCGGCCCAACAACAGCACGCGGGCAAGGUAUGUUCAAUUUGUAAAGAUGUUCCAAUCCAUCAACCUCCGCUCAGAACGAGCUAAGAAUCGUGGACAGCUUAUCAAGAACAAGGUUGAACUAGCUGUUUGGGCAAGAAGCUGUUUGCCCUCAAGGCAUGGGCAUCCGCGGACACGAAGGUGCCCCGCGCCAAGGCUAAGAAAAAGACAUAAACUACGUGUUCGCAUGGCUCUUUGUACAUUCACAGUUGAGUGCCUCGUUUUAUGUGUAUGUUUAAAUCAUGUACACCCUCUGAUGGGAGUAUGAUAA